AUGGGGCGACUUCCCCGGCCUCGCCUCCGCCUCCGUCCGACCGCGAGGGCGCGCCGCAAGCAGGCCGCCUCCCAGAGGGGCCGGAGGGGCAACCGCAGAGGCCAGGGCGCCGGGCCGCCUCUGAUCGGAGGGAGGCGAUGGGAGGCCAUCGCUGGGCCGGUGGCCCUAGGCCCCCGAUUGAAUAAUUCCUCCUGUGUUGUUUGUGCCCGGGUACGGAACACGCGCGCGCGCGCGUGUGUGUGUUUCCAUCGGGGUCACCCCCCGCCCCCCCGCCCCGCGCCACCACGCUCACCGGCCCUUUCCCUGUCCGGCUGCAGCGCCGACGCCUCCCCCGGGCUCGCCCUGCAGACCCGGCGAUGGCUCCGGACCCAGCGCGGCGCUCCGACCGCCUUCCCCAGCCGCGCCCGCGCCGACUCCGGUGCUGGGAGCCGCUGA